AUGGGCAAGCACAGCAAGUGCAGCCACGACGCCGAGGCGUGCUACCCGCCGGGCGCCGUCCCGGGCGGCGGCGGCAUGUACCCCUACAUGAUGGAGAGCCCGCAGAUGCGGUGGGCCUUCAUCCGCAAGGUGUACGUGAUCAUCACGCUGCAGCUGCUGCUGACGGUGGCCGUCGCCGCGACGGUCAACCUCGUCGGCGCCAUCGGCGCCUUCUUCCGCUCCCGCACCCCGGCCGCGCUCAUCGCCUUCAUCGGCAUCAUCAUCGCCCCUAUCAUAGUGAUGAUCCCGAUGAUCUGCCUGCGUAAGCGGCACCCGAUCAACCUCGUGCUCCUGACGCUCUUCACCGUCUGCAUGAGCUUCGCCGUCGGGCUGGGCUGCCUCUUCGCGAAAGGGAUCAUCAUAAUGGAGGCGGCGACGAUCACGCUGGUGGUGGUGGCCGGGCUGACCGCCUACACCUUCUGGGCGGCGAAGAAAGGCUACGACUUCGAGUUCCUGGGACCAUUCCUGGUGGCCGCCUGCCUCAUCAUGAUGGUCUUCGCGCUCGUGCGGAUCCUCUUCCCGAUGGGCAAGACGGGGACGAUGGUGUACGGCUGCAUCGCCGCGCUGGUCUUCUCCGGCUUCAUCAUCUACGACACCGACAACCUCAUCAAGCGCUACUCCUACGACGAGUACGUCGUCGCCGCCAUCGAGCUCUACCUCGACAUCAUCAACCUCUUCCAGGACAUCCUCAGCGUGCUUGAAGCCAUCGACGGAUGAGCCACCUGAGAAGGCUGCCUGCCAAUCUGAGCACACUAGAGUCAUAUUCCUAUCCAACGUAAGAUACCAGGGUGGGUUGCAAAUUUACAAGACGAUCUGUACUCCAUAGAUAGGGUCGAACAGCACCGCGGUGAUUGGACAUUACCAAGGAAAUAUUGCCAAUCCAAUUCGUUACUUCACAGCAGCC